GGCCAGCUGGAGCAGAAGAAAAGGAAGAAGAGGAGAGAAAAAAUGUGUGUGCUUGAAUGAAAAGUGAAAAUCUCCACAAAACUCAACUUUUUCUGGGUUUUGUCACAGUAGAACAGUGGGAAAUUGCAGAGUUUGUAGUGUCUCCUCGGCGCAGUGUGCAGAUGAAAUGAGUAAAGAGUGUAUUUAGUUGGUGGGAUUUCCAAGGGAAAAAAGCAUUGGUGGAAAAGGAAGUUUAUCGAUUAUCAAGGAAAGUGAUUGAAUCCGCAAAAUCCCUACAUAUUAAGUCGUGUGGGUGCAACGUUGUAACAUGGAAAACGGAUAGAAGGAAUUGAUGAAGCUGGAGGUUGCGAGCUUGUGUGGAGAAGAAGGACUCAGAGUGGUUUGUGGAUCAAGGAUACUCCGGAGCGAAAGGCGGCCAGAAUGACCGACAAAGAAGGUGCUCGUGGAGCGUAUCCGAUGCAGGAGCACUCGUGCGAGAUCUGCGGCAUGUCCGGACUUUCAGACGAUGUGAUGCGAGAGCACACGAGGACGUGUCAUGUGGAGGGCAGUGCACAAUGUCCAUUCUGUGGACUGACCGGUGUUGCAGCCGCAGAGCUUCUCUUGCACGUGAAUCAGGCGCAUUUGGACUACCUGACGCCCGAGAAUGAGCUCAUGAGCUUCAUCGAUGACCAGAGUCCCAGUUCAUUUUUCAGUGUUGACGGUGAUUCCGACUCCAUGUCUGAGUGUCGUGGGCUCUCGCCGUCAAUAACAGCGGAGCUGCAGACGAAUGGAGGCACUGGGACGUCAUCAGGAGGUAGCAUUCGCUGGUCAAAUGGGCCUGUGGUCACGAAACCGCCACUCCAGCAGAACGGCACGAAUAACAAUCGCAAUGGAGCCAUGCCGAAGGGGACUGGCGUGAAGAAUAAAAACUGUGAUAGUGAGGAUGGAGCUUGCGGACUGAACGGACUGGAUGUGGCUAAUGGCGGUGGCCAGGGUUCUCCUUUGCGUUCCCAACUGGGCCUCAAGCUCAAGAGUCACACGCCGGCUACAGUGAAAGUCAGCCCACUUCAGUGUCCGCUCUGUCCCUACACGUCGGAAAAUUCAACAGUGCUCGAGGAGCAUAUCAAUCGCUCCCAUUUCGACCCGUUGAGUCCUUCGGUUAACAGUGGAGUCGCAUUAGCGUCUGGUGGCUCAGAAACAGCCACCCAGAAUUCUCUGCAAUGUCCAAUUUGUGUCCGUGGCUUCCAAUCAGUGUCAGAUCUCGAACUCCACGUGAACAUUGAGCACAGAGACAUUCUCUCGCCCGGAAAAAUCGAUUCCAAUGGCACUUGCUCGACGGAAGGCGUGACGAAUGGACACAGUGAGAAUCUCUGUCCCAUCUGCAACAUCAGUCUGGAGAACAUGAAGACACAAGAGAUGGAGGUUCACAUUGAUAGUCACUUUGUGAAGACACCCCUGGCUCCGUCGUUUGAGUCGGAUCUGGAGAAGCAGGCUCAGAAGUUGAGGGAGCAACGAGAAUUUGAAAUGCUUCGAGCUCAGUAUGGCAUGGAUGAUCAGGGGAACUUCCGUGAGCAGUCAGCUGCGGCCAUGCAGAGGGCAGUGUACGCUGGGGAGAUGAGUGUGGCGGACUACUACGAGAGACAAGUGGGACUGCGCGCGGCAGAGUCUCAUGGGAUAGACGAUGGGACUUCGUGCACAAAAUCUGUGGCGCCAAGAGUGCUGUCGCUCUCCUCCUCGUCUCCCGGGGUGAUCAAGUCACUCGUGUGCUCAGCCGUUGACCACUAUGCAUCGUCUUAUGGCGAUAAGGGAUGGGGAUGUGGCUACAGGAAUCUCCAGAUGCUGCUAUCGUCUCUUCUUCAGAAUACAACGUUCAAUGAAGCUUUAUACUCUGCUUGGGGUAAUCAGGGACCGUCACGGACGGCAAUGCCGAGCAUCUCGAGGUUGCAAGUGAUGGUGGAGGCGGCCUGGAAUCAGGGAUUUGAUGUGCAAGGCUCUGAAUCCUUGGGAUGUAAAUUGCAGAAUACGAGAAAAUGGAUUGGCGCCACUGAGGUCUUCACCGUGCUCUCGUGGCUUCGCAUAAAUUGCCUCAUUGUGGACUUCCAUCGGCCAACAUCGUCAGAUGGGCGACAUCCAGAACUGUUCAACUGGGUUCUCAAGUACUUCGAGGAGCCACGCAUUCACACGCCUCCGCUCUAUCUGCAACACCAAGGACACUCACGAACGAUCAUCGGAAUUGAACAGAGAGCCUCGGGUCUCACGCUGCUUGUGCUGGAUCCGAGUCACGGUCCUCGAGAAGUGGCCGCUCUGGGCUCCUCCCAGGACUCUCUCAGACUGAUUCGCCGGGGUCCGACCGCCAUGAGGGCUCAACGAUACCAAAUAGUUGCUGUGAUGGGCCUGAUUGAAACCAAAGAGCAGUACCAGGCCAGUAAAGUGUUGCGUUCAAUACGAAUACCACCAGAUCGUUGACUUGAGUUCCAAAUGAACAGCAAUGAUUAUCUAUUUAAUUAUACACCCAGUAAAAGAGAGCAGUUCAAUUAUUUAGUAGUCGAAAGAUGGGAUAAAAGAUUACUCAAAUAUUAUGAUAUAUUGAGAAUACAACAAAUACAGUUUCUUAUUAGAAUAUAACAAAGGAUAUGGAUGGAUUUUAAAAACGUCUUGCAUUUCAUUUUAAAUGAACUCAACAAGAUUACGUUAAAUUGUAAAGUCUAGAAUACAAAAAGUACACAUUGAUUGACAAUGGCAGAAAACAUGUUUACGAUCUCAAGAAGAUGCAAAGUCCAAUUAAAGUGCUAUAGUUCGAGGUUGAAGGGAGGAACAUUACAAGAAAUUAAUAGAGCAUAAUAUAAAAUCAAUGAAGUGUGAAAUGAAUAAGCUUUAAAGACAAUUUGUUAAGUGAAUUGUACUCGAAUGUGAUUUCCUGUCUUGUUCUUUUCCGUAUUUUAUGUUUGAUUGUUCCAAUUUGAAAAGAAGGAAAAUAUAGUAAAUAAUGUUUGAAACUCCUAAUGCAGAAUUUUAUGUGAGGAAAAUUCCAAUAAAAUUGUUAAUAAAUUUAGUUUAUGCAGAAUAGAUGUUUAUUAAAUUAUAUCUAGUGUACCACUUUUGUGCUCAUUCUCAAUAUAAAAUGUAAGGAAGAUAAUUGAAGAUUUUACUAGAAACUUUACUCCUUCAAUGCUGAUACAUUUUUAGCUGUUUCUUGCUAGAGAAUUUGAAAAAAAAAAAUAUAUUAGAAAAUAUUAGAGAUGUAUAAAAAGAAGAAAAACAAUUUAAACCUAUUAAAGAGAAAAUAACAGUGAAGAGAAUAUAGUAUUUAAAGAGAGCGUCUCUACCUUGAAAACAAAACAAAAGAAAAAAGUAUUUUAAUAAUUAAUAAAGAAAAGAGAGUAAAAUAUGUAUUAUAUAUUGAUGGAAGGGAGAUAUUUCAAAAAAUGCAAGAGAAAUGUUCAAAGAUUAAUGAUGAUUAUUUGUAAAAAUGCAAGAUAAUACAAUUUUAUUGAGUUCCUCUGAAUUGAUCUAACAAGGAAAUGAGUGAAAUACACACAAUAUUCAAUGUUAUUUGUAAUGAAAAGGUUGAGAUUAUAUUUCGAAUAAUCACACACUUGACAAAGAAAGCAAAUAAGAAUAUGUUAAUCAUUUAAACACGUUGUUAAAGUAUAAAAAAAAUAAUUAUUUUUUCAAUCAUGUCUUUUGUGCGAUAAUUACAGUACACAAAUAAGAAAAAAGUCAAGGAUAACAAUUCUAUUGCACGUUAUAUGUAUUUCCACGUUCACAGACAUUUUUCAUGUGCAAGUGCUGCGUAUCUAAACCAAGUAUUAAUAGAUAAAGAAAGAAAAGAAAAACAGGAAAUUUAGGACAUAGAGCAAUCUUCAUUUCAACGUCACACUUUUGGAGUAAUUUAAACGAAUUCACUAAAAACACUAUGCGUAGUGCCUAAACGACACACAUGACUAUUUCAGAACGAUUCAGAGAAAAUUUAUGUAACGUUGAACAACAGUUCGAUAACUUUUUAAUGGCUUGAAAACUCUCUAAAAAGAGAAAUAAUAAAUGCUUCAACACACGCGUAACAUUCUAUGUCUCAUAAAACAAAACAUUUUUAAUGUUAUCACACAAAAUGCAAUGAUAUGGAAAUUGUGCAGAGAUAUGUAUAUUUUUUUUGGUCGAUGAAAAGAGAAUUUGACACUAUAUAGUUUAAAAAUUGAUGAGAUAAAAAUAAAAACCUUUCUGUGAUGAUCUGCCGCUAAA